AUGAAUGAUCUCGUUAUGUCAGAAUUGACAUGCAGGAGACAAACAACUCUCUUUGAAUCUAGCGUAUUUAAGGUACAGUCACUUUUCUUUAUAGCCACGAUAGGACUUCACAUUGGAAAUGAGAAAAUGAACCACUACGUUAAAUUUAUGGAAUUUCUGUGGAAUAGUUCUAUGAUUUUACACCUUUAUAAUUACUAUCUCAAUAAAAAGGAAUCCUUAAUAAAAGAUUUUUACCUUAGAUUAAAUGUUGCAAUGGAGGGACCCAAAAUGGAAUUUUGGGAUGGAUCCCUAUCGGCAAAUAGGGUAUUGGUACACGAUAAGAAGAUAGAUAGAGAAGAAAAAGUUAAGCAAACGAUGGGGAUCAGAACCAAACUAGUAGUAAGAAAUAUACAACCACAUUGGGAGAACUUGUGUCGUUCACUUUUUCUGGAGUAUCUUACUUCACAUCUUCAGCUUUUUAGUACGUACAAUGUAGAACACGCCCGCAUGCAGAAGGAGUUGCUUCUAGCUUUACAUUAUCAAAAAUGCAUGGAAGGGUAUUAUUCAUUUUCCAAAUUAUUAUUUGAUGACUCUAAGUUUAAUUUAAUUGAAGCACCAGAGGAAAUCUAUGGCUUAGUUGUUAGUGAUGGACGCUUGUUAAACCGAAGUGGACACUUGGUGAAAGAACACUAUUACCAAGUCCGUGUCAUUCAAUCCUUUUCUCCUGCUUUUCCUCUUGUACAAGCUGGAGAUGUGCUACUAUCCAUUAAUGGACGAUCAGUUGUUACACUUGAAGGUGCCAGGGAAGAGUUGCGGGGUCAUCCUAAAACGUUGCGGCUUCUUUUGUUGCGUCAACAAAGAGUAGUUUCAGUUACAGUGAGAGUUUAG